AUGGCGGCGCGGCGCGCGGUUGCCAUGGGGCCCUGGGCCGUGCCCCUCCCCCCUCGCUGGAGGGGCCUCAGCACCAGGCCGGGCCCCCCCGACCCCCACGCCGUGCUCGGGGUCCGUCCCGGGGCCUCCCCCAGGGAGAUCCGCACCGCCUUCCUGGCCCGCUGCAAGGAGGUUCACCCCGACGGGGACCCCUCGGACCCCUCCCGCCAUGGCCGCUUCCUGCGCCUGGCCGAGGCCUACGCGGCCCUGAGCGCCCCCCGGGACCGGGACCCCCCCCGGGACACCGUGCCCCGUCCCCCCGCCGGUCCCAGGUGGGAGCAGGAGUGGCGGCAGCGGGAGGAGAACCGGCGGCACCGGGAGGAGAACCGGCGGUACUGGGAGCAGUUCCGACCCCCCUGCGCCGCCCCCCGGGCCCCCCACCGGCGCCUCCUGGGGCUGCUCCUGCUGCUGAUGGCCCUGGGGGGGCUGGCCCACGGGCUGGCCUACAGGUACGUGGCCGGGGCUCACACCGCCUUCCUGGACCAGCAGGACCGGGAGCUGCGCGCGGCCUAUGAGAGAGCCCGGAGCCGGGCGGGGUCGCGCGAGGAGCUCCUGAAGCGGCUGCGGGAGCGGGGAAGGGGCCGGGGAGCCCCCAGGUGA